GGAAAAGAGUUGCUGCUCUUGUUGAUUUCAUGAAGAAGGGACCAGAUAACGCUAGCGGAGGGAAUGGGGGUUCUGAUCCGGUGAUAUUAGCCACUGCUGGAUAUGACCACACGAUUAGAUUUUGGCAGGCACAUAGUGGAAUAUGUCACCGAACAGUUCAACACCCGGACUCCCAAGUAAAUGCGUUGCAGAUAACACCAGACAAGCAGCUGAUUGCAGCUGCAGGGUAUCAGCACAUCCGUAUGUAUGACAUUAACUCCAACAAUCCCAACCCAGUGAUCAAUUAUGAUGGGAUAACUAAGAAUGUGACUGGGGUGGGCUUCCAUGAAGAUGGCAGGUGGAUGUUCACAGGAGGAGAGGACAACUCGGCAAGAAUAUGGGAUUUAAGGUCACGGAAUCUACAGUGCCAAAGAAUAUUUCAAGUCAAUGCUCCAGUAAACUGUGUUUGUUUACAUCCUAAUCAAGGAGAACUGUUUGUUGGAGACCAAAGUGGUGCUAUACACAUAUGGGAUCUUAAAACAGACCAUAAUGAACAAUUGAUCCCAGAGCCAGAUGCUGCAGUGCAGUCCAUCAGCAUUGACCCAGAGGGAACAUACAUGGCUGCUGUUAAUAACAAGGGAAAUUGCUAUGUUUGGAACUUAACUGGAGGAAGAGGAGAUGAACAAACACAGCUUCAUCCGAAAACAAAAAUACAAGCACACAAGCGAUAUGUUUUAAAAUGUUUAUUUAGUCCAGAUUCAACGUUACUAGCCACCACAUCCGCAGAUACCACAGUUAGGAUAUGGAAAACAGCAGACUUUUCUUUGUACACUGAGCUUAAAGAGAACACACAGAGAUGGGUUUGGGACUGUGCUUUCAGUGGAGAUUCUCAGUACAUGAUUACAGCAUCUUCAGACAAUAUGGCCAGGUUAUGGAACGUGGAGACUGCACAGGUGAAAAGAGAGUAUGGAGGACACCAGAAAGCUGUCAUUAGUCUGGCCUUCAGGGAUGAUGUAGAAUAACUCUGGGAGAUGUGGAAAAACACUUGAGGAUUAUACCAUAUUGAAAAAGAAAAAGGGAAUGACCUGUGUAGACUUUUUAAAUAAACAGUGUUUCCAGUUGGGAAAUUACCUUUUUUAAGGACAGGUUAAUUUCGUACAGUAAUUACUUAAAGGGUUCUGUAACUCACUAGAGGUUUUGUGAGAGAAUUAACAUUGACAUAAUCAAAUUAUGAACUGAUGGUAGUCUGUUUACAAAAGCAAUGGCUGUUUUCAAAUGCACUUCUGUGGCUUACCAGCUGAAAGCCAGUAAUGAGUACAGUGGCAUUUCUAACAUUAAAAAGGUGUUUACCUAAUAUGACUUUGUUUUGAAUAUUAUAAAAAAUGUGAAAAGUGUACAUUUUUUAAUGUUGUCUAUGAGUUAUUAUAGUGCAUAUUUUAUGAAAGAACUAUUGGCAUUAAAUCAUCCCUGCAAGACGUUUUAAUCACCACAGAAUGGUAAAUCAGUAUAAAACAUAAUAGUAAUCAUAACUCUUGUGAUUCAAGAUAACUUAUAAUAGAUAUUAAAAUUAAUUGAUAUCUGAAA